UCCAUGCAAUAAGGAUAUAUUCCUCUCCACAACUCACAAGUCACAAAGCCUUCAGAUAUUAACCCUAAUUAUUCUUAUAUUAACCCUAAUUAUUCUUGUCGACCAGUAUGGGUAGCAUUGAAGGUUACAAAGUGGUAGAGAACAACUUUACAGUGACGGUGAUGAAGGAGGAGGUGGUGGCUGCGGUGUUGCCGUUGCAAGAACAUUGGCUUCCGCUCUCAAACCUCGACCUCCUUUUGCCGCCGCUUGACGUCGGAGUCUUCUUUUGCUACGACAAGCCGGCGGCCACCGUGACCUCGGUGGUUGGGGCUCUGAAGAAAGGGUUGGCUGAAGCUCUGGUUUCCUUCUACGCCUUGGCGGGUGAGCUGGUGACCAACUCCUCCGGCGAACCAGAGCUCCUCUGCAACAACCGUGGGGUUGAUUUCGUGGAGGCCGAGGCUGACGUGGAGCUGAAAAGCCUCGACUUGUACAACCCUGAUGAUUCCAUCGAAGGGAAGCUUGUUCCUAAGAAGAAAUACGGCGUGCUUGCUGUUCAGGCUACAUUUCUUGAGUGUGGUGGUUUAGUAGUGGCGUGCUCUUUCGAUCACCGCAUUGCCGAUGCUUACUCAGCCAACAAGUUCCUCGUAUCUUGGGCCCAGUUGGCCCAAUCUGCCCAGCCCACUAAGCCCACAAUCCACACUCUUUCCUCGCGACCAUGUUUCCGUCGUUCUCUCCUCAGUCCACGGAGGCCCGGUCGAUUUCAUCCUUCCAUCGACCGCAUAUUUGUCCCUGUCUCCGACCUGCCUCCUCCGAAGGAACCCAAUGCGGAAUCCGAAUCCGACCCUGUCAUCAGUCGGAUCUACUAUAUCACGGCCGACGAACUUAACCACAUUCAAUCACUUGCGAACUCGGACUCAAACGUCGACGUCAAUGCGGUGAAGCGAACCAAACUUGAGUCUUUUUGCGCCUUCUUGUGGAAGAUGGUUGCUGCGAGUGCCAAGGGCAAAGGGGUCAUCACAAAAAUGGGGAUUGUCGUGGACGGAAGGAUGAGGCUGAGCAAUGGUCGUGACAAACAGAAAGCUUCGCUUUUGGGUUCGUAUUUUGGAAACGUGCUUUCAAUACCGUUCGGCCAAAAGCUGGCAAGGGAGCUGACGGAGAAGUCGUUGAGUAGGGUGGCCGACAAAGUUCACGAGUUCUUGGAAGAAGCAAAGACGGAGGAGCAUUUCCUGGGCCUCAUAGACUGGGUUGAGGCGCACCGCCCUGGCGGUGGAGUGGCGAGGAUAUAUUGCGGCGGCGGAGACGGAGAAGAAGAAGAGGGGCCAGCUUUUGUGGUGUCGUCGGGGCAAACAUUCCCAGAAGAGAAGGUGGAUUUCGGGUGGGGGAGGCCAGUGUUCGGGUCGUACCACUUCCCAUGGGGUGGCGACGCCGGGUAUGUGAUGCCGAUGCCGAGCCCGGCGGGGAAGGGCGAUUGGGUGGUGUACAUGCACCUUCGAAGAGGACAAUUGGAGAAGAUAGAGUCUGAAGCGGGUCGUGUGUUUAGGCGCUUGACUUGGGACUACCUUGUUCAUUGAUGUAGUGCAUAUAUAUAUCUGGACUGAUAGUUAAUUAUUGUGUAUGAUCAUGAAUGUGUGAUUUGAAUAAAAGUGAUUUCUUGAUCUUCUAA